CUUGAAGUUUUGAACAGUACUAUUCAUAACCACAACCCAACUUUUCUCAAAUCACCUUCGAUUAAACGACAAAAUGAAGGCAACGAUUUUUAUAGCAUUUUUGGCGGCCGUUUGCACAGCCGUUCCACUCGCUCAAAAACCGACAUGCUGGAUCAAUAGCAGCGGCCAGAAGGAGUGCGAUCCAGGGGGCAAACGUUCUAUCGAGCGCGAGAGUAGCAUCGGGUUCGAGUUCGAGUAACGUCAACAAUGCAAGAUUAACCACAACGGCGAGAAAGUGUACGACGGCACACCUUCGGUCAAGCGUUAGAGCAGCAUCGGGUUCAAGACACAUUAAACCUCCAGGAUCGAAAAUGGUACAACUUCGACAAAUUCUUGCGUAUUAAGACGAACCGGCCUUGUAAAGCAACUCGCUUCCCUUUCGUUCAUUUCUUUCGGGUCUCGAGUAGCUCUCGUUGCUCGGAGUUCUCUUUCUGAGAAAGCGUAUUCUCGGAAUUCGAUUUCUCGAGAUAAGCGAGAGUAUUGUCGUCGCCGCGGUUGUCCCCAUCCUUUGGACCAGCUUUUCUAAAGAUAUUUCUUAGGUUACCUAGUGCCUGCUCGCAUUGUUUAAGAAUCGGCUGCACGCCCUUGCCCGUAUCUUC